AUGAGUAUAGAGAUGAAUAUAUCAUAUGAUGUACCUUUUGGGUGGAGUCCUGGAGGGGAGAUACACCAUAUCAUAUCCUGUUACAUCUACGAAGGCACUGAGAGAGAUGACAAUGCCAUUCAGAUUUUGCAACGAUUCUAUGAUCACGAUGUCUUAGGAAGACCUACCAGGUACACACUGGAAAGAAUAACCUGCAGAGAAGUAGAACUUGAUUCUGGAGAUUUUUCCAUGGAGGACUUGUCUCCUGAAGAGUUGGCAGAAUAUGCUUCCCUUUUUGAUGAUUAUGACUGA